AACCUAACAUAAUAUAACACCACCAUGGUCCGUCUCAAAAACCGCUACCUCCUCGUGGACAUCCUCUACCCAGACCCAAAAACCUGGCCCACAACCCCAACAACAAAACCACACAACCCCCAACUAGCAAUCCACUCCCCAACCUCCGACGCCCUGACCCAAGGCUUCCUAGCGAAGAUGAUCCGCGAGUCCGUCGCAGAGCUAUACGGCGAUUAUGGAAUCGGCAAGCUAGGCGGCGCCUCGGCAGGCGGAAUAACAAUAAAAUACCUCUCACCAGCAACAUCUACCGCCAUCGUACGGUGUCCGCGCGCCUCCUUCCGCCUUGUCUGGUCAGCGCUUACGUACAUGUCCGGCGUGCCGGAGCCGGCGAAUGGCCCGAAACGCGCGGGGACGGGACGCGAGCGUGGGUGUGUUUUCCGCGUGAUUCGGGUUUCGGGGACGAUGCGGAAGGCUGAGGAGGAGGCUAUUCGGAGAGCUAGGAGGGAGAUUGUUAGGGUUAAGGAUGCGGAGGAGAGGGGGUUCUUGGGGGGUGGUGUUAUGGACGAGAGUGAGGAUGAGGGGAUGGAUGAUUGA